AUGUCGGAACGCGACAUGACCCCAGGCGACUCCGCCCGUCAGCGUCUCGUCGAUCCCGACCCGCAUACUCCCGCCGACGAGAACGUCCUUGUUCCUCGCUCGGAGCUUGACGACCUGAGGGCGCAGAUCGCCGAGCUGAAGUCGCGCCGCGGUUCGAGAAACGGUUCCCGCCACCCUUCCUCGCGCCACGACUCCCGUCCACCUUCCUCUAGUCACGUUUCCCGUCCGCGUAGACCCGAUAUGGACGCCUGGCGACGUGAAGACGAGGAGCGCGCCCGCCGCCACCGUGAGGAGAACGAGCGCGUCGCCGAGAGCUGCCGCCAGUACGGCCGCACGGCCUCCCCUCGUCACCCUUCCCCCCGCCAGGCCCCGUACCUCACGCCCCCUCUGACGCCGCCAACUGACGAUCCCUACAAACCCCGUCACCGCUUCACGCUGAAGCCCGGCGACUUCCCGAAGUUCAGCGCCACUACCGACACGAACAUCGACGACUGGAUUACGACGGUCUCGAUGAUCCUCGACCAGACGGGCGUUGCCGACUUCGAAAUUACGAGCCGUCUUCCCCUCGUCCUCACGGGCGCGGCGUCGAAGUGGUUCAUCGGUCUGUCGCCAGAGGAACGCCGUAACCUCCGCACCUGGUCACAGUGGUGUGACCGUCUUCGUACCGCCUUCCGCCCCGCCGAUUACGACCUUGUCCUCCGUGAUCGCGCUCGUAACCGCGUGCUCCUGCCAUCGGAGAACGUCUCGGAUUACUUUUACGACAAAGUCCGUCUGCUACGCACGGCGUACCCGACCAACUCGGACCGCGAGCACGUCUAUGACGUCCUUCUCGGUCUUCCUCAGCGCUUCCGCGCCCUUUGCCACAUUGACACGGACGUGCCCAUCGACCAGCUCCACCGUAACCUUGUCGAGUACGCCGUUCUACUUCCCCGUGGGUACACUAACGGCGUCGCGCCGCCUGUCGCUGCUCACGCACGCACGUCGCAUCACGUCGGCACAACCGUCGCCGCGACGAAACCUGCGCCCGCCUCCGGCGGCACGCCGGCGCUAUCUGCGCCCCCUCCGGCACCACCGGGAGCUCCGAAGCCGCCCGCCGCCCGUGCACCUCAACGCCCUUGUCGUUACUGCGGCGGAUCUCACUGGGAUCGUGAAUGCCCGAACCCCAAGAAGGACGCCAACGUGAGCAGACCCGCCACUAACACGAACACGACGCCGCUCGGCCCUAGGCGCGAGGCCUUCUUCUCCGACGUCGCUACCGACGGCACCGUCGUCAUCACAACUGAGGCUAGCGUCAACGCCGCCACUCCAAACCAGCGGUACAAGUACACGCCCUGUUACACCGCCAUCUCCGUCAGUAACAAGCCCCACCGCGCCAUCAUCGAUCCAGGCUCGGGCAUUUCAAUGGUCGCGAAAGAGUACGUCACAUUCCACAUGCCGUCGACACCGCUGCAGCCGUGCUCGUCGUUCCCAGUUCGUGGCGUCGGCUCCUCGGCGACAGUGUUCGGAUUCGUCACCGUCCCUGUUACCUUCCCCGCCACCCCGCCAUUCACAGUUAACGUCGAUUUCUACGCCACGACCGACGCUCCCGCCGGCCUCCUUCUCGGUAACGAUUGUCUUGGGCGCCUCGGCGCCGUCGUCGAUCUAGGACGGAGCCAGCUCACCGUCCAUGGCAACGUCUUCCCCCUCUCGUAUCUGGCUCCUGCCGCCCGCGCGCCGUUCUCCGCCGAACACGCCCAGGCGAUUCGCACCCGUGAGUCGUUCAACGUCACGGUCGAGGAAGACGUCGUCAUCCGCCCCGGACACCGCGCCAGGGUCGCCAUGAAAACAAGUGAGCACGCUGAUUCACCGUUCCUCAUCACUCCCGUUCCCAUGCACGGCAAUGCCGGCCUUCCUUGCCAGACGCCGCAUGCCGUCGCCGAUUCCUCCUCGUUCACCGGCGAGCUCGUCAACCUUCACCACCAGCCCGUGCAUAUCCGCCCUGGUGACGCCGUCGGUACCGCCUCCCUCAUUCACACGCCGACCUCGACGUGCGUCGUGGAGACGUCUUCCCCCUCCGACCCGGAUCAGAUCGACGUCAACCCAGAUCUUACCGCCGAACAGCGUCACGCCGUCGACGACAUGCUUCGCCACCGAAUGCACGCGUUUUCCAGCAAUAACUCCGUCGGCCGCACCAACGUCGUCGAGUUCAACGUGGAUACCGGUGAGCACCUCCCGAUCAGCCAACCUCCCUAUCACGCGUCUCCGCGUCAGCGCGUCGCGAUCGACGCCGCUAUUGACGGCCUCCUCGCCGCCGGCCACGCCUCUCCCUCCCAUUCGCCGUGGGCCUCGCCUGUUCUCGUCGUCCAACAGCACGACAAGAAGCGCAUGUGCGUGGACUACCGCCGGCUCAACAAGGUCACGAAGAGCGACCAGUAUCCCCUCCCCCGUAUCGACGACAUUCUUUCUCAGUUCCAGGGCAAGAUGUGGUUUUCAACGCUCGACGCCAACCGCGGGUACCACCAAGUGCCCGUCGCCGACGCCGACAAGAAGAAACUCGCCUUUCGCACCCACCGCGGCCUUUUUGAGCCCACCGUCAUGCCGUUCGGCGCCAAGGGGGUGCCCGCCACCUUCCAACGGAUGAUGGACGUUAUCCUCGCCGCCGGCAAGUGGCAGUGGUGCCUCGCCUACCUUGAUGACGUUAUCAUCUAUUCCAAGACGUUCGAGCAGCACGUCGACAACGUCGCCUGGACACUCGACGCCAUCGCCGCCGCCGGUCUUACUCUUGGUGCCGGUAAGUCGCAUCUUUUCUACCAGUCGCUCGAUUGCCUAGGUCACACCGUCUCCGCACUUGGUAUCGGCAUCAUCGGCCGCAACGUCGACGCCAUCCUCAAACAGGAGCCGCCCAAGACGCUCGCGGCACUCGAAUGCUUCAGCGGUCUCGCGGGCCAUUACCGUCGUUUCAUUGAAAAGUUUUCCCUCGUCGCACGCCCCAUCCACGACAAAAUCAACACGUCGCGGAAGACGAAGGCGUAUGACCUCGACGACGCCACUCUCACGGCCUUUCACGUCAUCAAAAACCUCGUCGCCGAACGUCCCCUCCUUGCCCACCCCGACUAUUCCCUUGGUUUCCGCGUCGAGUCCGACGCCUGCCGCGACGGCUUUGGCGCCAUCCUCUCACAGAAGGGCGCCGAUGGCAUCGUACGUCCAAUCGUGUUUCUAUCCCGCGUCACCACCGCGCCGGAGAAAAACUAUUCGGCGACGGAACUCGAAUGCACGGCACUCACGUGGGCCCUUCGCCGCUUCCACCCGUACAUUGACGGCGCCGAACUUGAGGCGAUCACGGAUCACGCCGCGCUUCAGUGGUUGCUGGAUUAUACCGGUCCUAACCAACGUCUGGUACGUCAAUCUCUCGCGCUACAGCCCUACCGCGACAAGCUCACGAUCCGCCACCGCCCCGGCAAGAAUCACGCGCACGUCGACCAGCUGUCGCGCGCCCCGCUUCCCAUUACGACGUCUGACUUCGCCGUCGCUAUGGCUGACGAGCCCGUCACGUCCUCCCCCGCCGACUCUGCCGCCGCCUUCCUCGCGUGGGCCGCGCCUGACGACCCUUCUCUCAUCAAGGCGGUGAAGGAAGCGACGCCACAAGACGCCAAACUCGCGAAAAUCAUCGCCGAGUGCAUCGCGCACGCCGCCAACAACGUCGCGACGGAACCCGCCGCCGUUCCCGACGCCACCACUCCCGUCGCGACGGAACCCGCCGCCGUUCCCGCCGCCACCACCCCCCUUCCUCAUCCACGUCUCCCCUUCACGACACAGGACGGUCUCGCAUUCGUCCAUCGUCCCUCCCUCGGUGCAUACGCCCUAUGCAUUCCGACGGCAUGCGACGAGAUCCGCGACAAGAUUUUAUUUGACUACCAUGACACUCCCGUCUCGGGCCACCGCAGCGCCGACAAAACGUUCCUCGCGAUCGCGCCGUACUACCACUGGCCGGGCAUGAGGCGUUUCAUUACAAAGUACGUCCAGACGUGUGACGCUUGCCAGAAACAUAAGCCCGCCAUCGCUACCACGUCGCCAAUGCAGCCGCUGGCCAUUCCCACUACCCGUUGGCACACCGUUACCAUGGACUUCGCCGUCGACCUCCCGGUUUCCAACGCCUUCAACGCCAUCAUGGUCGUCGUUGACAAAUUCACGAAACGUUGUCACCUCAUCCCCACGCUUACCACGGCUACCGCGAAGGAUACGGCCUUCCUCUUCCUCGCCAACAUCGUCCGUCUGCACGGCAUCCCCGUUCGCAUUGUCUCGGACCGUGACCCGAAGUUCACGUCGGCCUUCUGGAAGGCAAUCCACGCCGCCCUUGGAACGAAGCUUCUGCUUUCGACGGCCUUUCAUCCACAGACCGAUGGGCAGAGCGAACGGCAGGUGCGCACGCUGAAGGAAGCCCUCCGCCACUUCGUCAACGCCCGGCAGAACAACUGGUUCUAUUUGCUGCUGCUUCUCGAGAUCGCGUUCAACAGCAGCGUACACUCCUCCAGCAACGUCACGCCGUUCGAGCUUGACCUCGGCUUCCACCCGCGCUUCCUCAACCACCCGGCCUCCGUCGCGCAUGACGACAAGGACGCCAGUGUGUUUAUUGACGCCCUCAACGCCGCCACCGUCGACGCCGUCGAGUCGCUGCAACACGCGCAGGCCCGUCAAGCCGGUCAAUACGACGCGCGCAACGUCAACCGCCGCCAAACCGAGUACAAGGUAGGCGACCAAGUUCUUCUCCGCUCCAGCCUCUUCAAGCCCGUCUUCUAUCAAAAGUCGAAGAGCAAGCAGCUCGCCCCCACGUGGUUCGGUCCGUUUACCGUCACCUCCGUCGACGGCCCUACCGUCAUCACAGUCGAUCUACCGCUGAACCUGAAUAUUCACAACCGCGUCAACACGAUGAACGCGCGCAAGUAUCUCGCCCGCGUCAAGGCCCACCCGUCGGCUGUGCGCGAGGUCGAGCAGAUUCUUGGGCACCGCACAAGCAUCCGCACGAACGCCUUCCCCGACGGCAAGCCGCAAUGGUUGGUCCGCUUCAAGAACGCCCCGACCGGCGCCGAACAGUGGCUCGACCACGCUGAGCUCGUCUACUACGGAGGCGACGCCAUCAUCAAUCCUUCUUCGGGCGAGGACGCCCUCAACCCGUCCGCGGGGGCACCUGCAGCCCUCGGCCCGCAGACUGCCCUGUCACGUGACAUCACCGAGUCACGUGAUGCCAUACAGUCCGCCACACUUCCGCGCACUGAUCUAUAG